GUGCAGUUUAUUUUAAUACUUUGUUCUCUUUCUCCUGACCACUGAGAACUUGAGUAGCUUUCAUUACCUUUAAUUUACCUCCCGAGGACAUUGUUAAUUCAAAGAUAUAGCUCAUUGUAUGAUCGCAUUCGCGUCGAUUAUUUUAUUUGCACGGUCUUCAUUCGUCUGCAACAUUAAGCCAACAAGUAUUAUUAAAAGCAUUUGGUCCCAGUUUGUUCAACUGCUGGCAUUCAGCUUUACUAAAGUAUUAUCGAAAAUUUUUACAACACCAACAAAUCGUAAUUGUUUCAACUGAAAAUUCCUGGACUUUCCAGAAAAUGCCUAUUAGAAAUGCAUUUAAAUAUGAGAAUUAGAAGGAUAUUGCAGUUUGUCCUGUAGCAAUACAGCAAGAGUUCUCCCAAAUUCGCUUGUUCUUUAGCGGCAAAAGGACUAUGAAAUCGUUGCAGUAGUAUUAAUAUCUGAACUAUAAUUUUCAUGCAAGAUGAAUACCUCGGGCACAGACUUAAAUGAAAUGGAGCUGAAAAUGUUGAAGGAGUUUCGUAAAGCCUUAUCAGAUGUCCUGACGCCGAAACACACAGACGCUAUACUGUUGAAAUGGCUCAGAGCUCGAAAUUUCAAUCUGAAAAAGUGCGAGUUACUCUUCCGACAGAAUCUAUGGGGGAGAGCUGUUUAUAAAAUAGAUACACUGAGAAGUAACUUUAUAAAACAGGAAGUUGCGGAGAAGUAUGAGUUUACGAGCUAUCUUGGAGCGGCUAAAGAUGGAACACCGUUGCGUUACAUAGCUCUUGGCAGAGGAGAUUUUUACGGUUUCUUAAUGAGCAUGUCAACUUUUGAUAUCCUCUUGUAUUGCACUUACUUAAUUGAGCAUGAUGUUCAAAGAACAAUAGAGCAAACUGAAAAGGUUGGAAGAGAAAUCAAUGAAAUAACAUAUAUUUUUGACUUAGAAUACUUUUCUGUUCAUCAGUAUGCUCAUGCCAGCGUUAUCGAAUUGGGGCUGGAUAUGGUAAAAAACGUGCAAGAUUAUUAUCCAGAAAUUUGGAAGAAUAUACUUGCAGUUAACGUGCCAUUUUUCUUCUAUCAAGCAUUUAACAUCUUGAGGCCGAUAUUAAGUAACACCCUUCUGCAGAAUAUUCGAGUUGCAUCGAAAGAGGCCACCCCGGAAUUAUUACUGGAAUACGUGGACCCAGAAGUACUGCCAGCUUUCCUGGGAGGUCAAAGAGUUGAUUCGAAAGAUGAUCCCAUGUGCUCCGAAUUCAUAAAAUUCGGUGGUAUAAUUCCUGAAGAGUACUACUUGUGCAAACAAACUCAUUUACAGAAGAAAAAUUUCGAAACCGAAACUGUGUGGAUUGCAGCGAGAUCUUACUACAACCAUCCAAUCGUUGUCCAAGAAACAGAUUCUAUAAUAAGGGUCGAUGUCAGGAUAGAAGGCGGCUCUCUUGCUACUACACUACUCUACAGACCAUUCGGCAAGGAUUCUGCAUAUCCUGAAGUUUGAUAAUUCAUCCAGUUGGUUGACAUCAAGAAGAAUUGACUAUAGUUUCCGAGUUGAGCCACCUAGCUCCUGAUGCCUUCUAGAAUUUUAUUUUAAACAUUUAACAGUGCUAUUAUACAUAAAUGUAUCGAAAUUCUUUAAUAACUACAUUACAAGUUUCAUUACUUCUAAAUUGUAAAUACAUCUGCUGAGGCGCAGCUACAAAACAUCAAUGAAGAUGCAACAUGUCUGCUAUUUGUUUGGUUUGUAAAUACACCAUUAAUCUUAGAAUUUUCACAUAUAUUGAAGUUCAUUUGAUUAAAAUAAUGAAUAAAAAUUAAAAUUCCCUUUCGCAAA